AUGACUUUGAGAUCUUCAAACAGUCCGAAUACUUUGAAUACUGUCGUCAAUAUCGAUCAUUACCAGCGGAUUAUCUUGAAAGAAGCCGAGGACUUCCAGUGCACAGGCGAUAAACACUUCACAAGAGUCAUUGUCGCUCCUGGCGAAUGUGAAAAGACGAAGGGGGAGAGCGCUCAUUAUACGUUGAUGCGUGAGAUCUGGGCAGCGGCCAGAAAGGGGAACUUGAAGAAAUUGGACGGGCAAAUCUAUAAGCCGAUGGAUAAGAAGCCCUGCGCAUAUGUUCCGUAUUUGUCUUACGAGGAAUUCAUCAACAAAGUCCUAAAGAAAAGCGCCCUUUUCAAGUCGGGGCCAAAGCGCUUCACCGAUAUCAUGGCGCAUCUGAAAUUGUAUGAUGAUGAGGAAUUACCGAUCUUGAAGAAAGAUUUGAAUAUCUUGGCGUUCGAGAAUGGAAUUGUAGCGCUGGAUACCGUAAAGUUCUAUGCCUACACGGACAAAUUCGCAAAGAACAAGGUGGCUCGUCAUUUCAUACCACAGAUCUACACGGGUAAAGGACAUACCCCUGUUCUCGAUAAUAUGUUGCUACAUCAGUUACAGAGCAAGGCUCAUGAAGAGCGGGUCGAGAUCUAUAAUGUAAUUCUUGCACUUAUCGGCCGAUUGUUUUUCAAAGUCGGGCAGCACGAUAACUGGAGCGUUAACCUUUUCUUUCUGGGUGAGAGUCAUACGGGGAAGUCAACCCUUAUCAACAUCAUAAAAGCGUUGUUCCCGCGCGAAUGUAUAGGGGCUUUAUCGGCGAAUAUCGAGAAGCAGUUCGGGUUGUACAACUUACAUGAUAAGCAGAUUAUCGUUGCGCCGGAUGUUCCGGCGGAUCUACACCUUGGGCCCGAUGCUACACUUUUACAAAGUAUGAUUAGCGGGGAGGACGUAAGUGUCGUCGGCAAACACCUGAACGCGUUCUCAGGAAAUUUCACAACACCUAUGUUGUGGGCAGGAAACCGAUUUCCUGCAUAUUCAAACAACCAAGGUCAGAUUGCUCGUCGCUUCGUUAUAACUUUGUUCAACGAAUUCAUUGAAAGCAGGGAUACGACUAUACAACAAACUGUUAUCGCGAAUGAACUAGCCAACCUCGUCUUUAAAAGUUUAACGGCAUACUGGAGAUAUGCCUCACGCAAAGGUAGCGAUUUUUGGGAUUUCUGCCCAGUAUACUUUCACGAUAACAAGGAGUACAUCAACAAUGCGACAAACUAUAUUCACCGGUUCCUUACUGCAGGCCCGGAUGAGAACAAAAGCAAAGAGGCGUGCUUCUUUGUACGAAAACGUGUGUUAGAGGGUGAUGCGCGAUUGAGGUGUACAUUGGACGAUGUAAAGAAGAUGUUCAUGAACUACAUGAAGUUCAAUCAUCCGCAGGUCAAGUACACAUGGGAUGAGAAUGAUCUUACUACUUUCAAGCAGUUGGGCUACGAGAUCAGUCUCUUACAUAUAUGCAAGUCAUGCGGUAAGAAGGCGAAGGGAGGAAAAGAGCCUUGUUGCGAACACUAUCAUGCGGCGAAUCGGACCAAGAGGACAUAUGUGUAUGAUCUUGAGAUGGUGCGUGAAGAGAUAGAACCUCCUAUGUACGAUAUCAGAGCGGGCGAGGUGCAUCAGAAGAUCAGAUCCGAUUAUAACGGAUACGCAGGUAGCCGGAUACGCGCAUGA